AUGACACGCCAACCUGCUGCAUUUCUCCAGUCACUGGCUCCCGCUGUCUGUUUCGUCGAGAAUAAGGUCUUUGCUUUUCAACCAAACGCACGCUCGAACCUCGCAGGUUAUUGUUUUUUUAUUUGGCUAAUCGACGCCUCUACCCGUAAAGAGUAUUCCCGCCCGUCGUCGCCUUUGUUGAUCGUCUGCCUCGUAAGUAUUCCCGUGGCCCCUGGUGUGUCAAGAGUCAAGAUACCAAAGGGCCGCUGCAGAUCAUGUCAAGCUUCAGAUCUUGGCUCUGAUCCCUUUGCAGAUACCUAA